GGCGGGGCUCUUCUCCUUUCAUUGUGUGAGUGUGUGUAUGCCCUUUUGUGCUUGCUUUAAAGUUUGUGUGGACUGGCUGGUAGAGAGACCUCACUCGAUGGAGGAGUAAGACGAAGAUCCCAGCAGCAGAGCGGCGUGACGACUGACGGGGUCGAAGACAGGAAGCUGGAAGUUGGAGGAAGUCUGUAAUGUAGAGGUUCACCGCGACAGCCUGAGGAGAACUCCUCCCUCAGCACCUCCAUCAUGACGGACAGACAACACCCAGGCGUGCCUUCCCCCUCGCUCUCUUCAAAUGUUCACCACAACGGCAGGAUUGGGGGGGCGGUGCCAAAAAGUCCCAUGACCCCUGAUCAAAAUGGUAGUCUGGAUCCAGGACCAGGAUCCCACAAUCCCAGUAAAGUCAGCAGCAGGACGCUGACCUCCACCUCACCCCUGAGGACCCUCAGGACUCUCGGAGGCCUCGUGAGUCCAGCAGGUCCCAGUCCUGAAGGCGGCACCGUCAGACCUCGGGGACAGAGCCUUAGCUCUGCACUCAGCUCCAGAAUGAGAAUCACGACCCCCCGAAGCAAGCGUAGGAGCAGCCAGCAGGGGGAGCCAGAGGCCCUGUUGGACCUGAUCCUGGAGUCUCAGUGUCAGAGGCUGGACGACCAGAGAGCCAGCGUCAGCCUGCUGCCCGACCCGGGACCAGCUGCUCUUUGUGGGGCCUGCAGUCCAGAUCAACCCCCUGUGCCCAGCCUGGACUUUUACUACAUGCUCAUACACUACCAGUCUGACAGGAUGGAGGACCAGAGGUGUUCCCUCCCGGACCUGGAUGACGUGCUCACUCCGGUUCCUGACGGUCAGGAGAACUUCUUCUCUUUGGUCCAGAGAGUCCAGUCCAGGAGGAUGAAUGAGCAGCGAGCUUCACUGCUGCUGAGGAACAGCGAGGAGGACCCGGACGCACAAUCUGCUAGCUCCUCCCUCCAUCGUCAUCAUCAUCAUCACUGAUGAAGCCCCAAGUCUGAUCGGGUGGAGCGACUGAACUAGUUCCCUUUAAGGAGUAGCAUUUGUUGUUGAGUGUGGCUCCUCAGACUGAAACCAGGACCGCAGUGGUCCUGGACGUGGGGCCAUGAGGGUUUCCGUCUGCACGUAGGACAAACUGCUGUCAGAAAUAACCUUAAUUUUUACUAACACACCUGUAACACAUGUCACAUGACCAGGAAUCACAGGUUGGUUUCUGUACGAAUGCUUGGACGGACUCUGAGGUUUGAUUUGAUGUUUGGAAGUUUGUUUUAAUCAAACUUCUGUGUGGAUGGGUAAGUGGGGCUGUGUGGGUGGGGCAAACCCGUGUUUAUCUCACACAGCGCCCGCAGCAUAUUUGCCCUUCAAGGCUAGUGGGGAUGCCGGUGUGGGCUUUCCCACAGGAAACCCACGUUAGUGGCCAAGAGAGGCAUGUUUGGUGGGGCAAGCUGAGGUUUGACUGCAUUAGAAGGUGAACAUGGGCAUCCCUGUGAUGCUGGAGUAGGGAAGGUGUCGUAGGGCGUGAGGCGUG